GCUCCAGCUGCGGCUUGCGUCACCGCGACGUCAGAAUCCUGUGAAUGCUCGAGCUGAGAGCAGCGUUGGAGAGGCAGAGUCCGUCUGACUAACACCUGAUCAACACGCCUCUGAACGACCAGAGGAUGCAUCAGUCCAUUCUUGCGUUCAGUCGCCACUGUUUUUAAAAGCGUCCCGCACAGUGACUGAAAUGUGGAGCGUGCGUUAAACACAGUCGACGCGUUUGAGUUUCAUUCCUUCGCGAAAUUGAAGCGUUUCUACGAAUCAUAAUGAAUGACAUAAAAGUUGCAGUUAUGGGAUCCGAGGGUGUCGGGAAAUCAGCACUUAUUGUUCGAUUUCUAACCAGGCGAUUUAUUGGAGAAUAUGCAUCGUCAUCAGAGUGCAUCUACAGAAAGCGCAUGUCUAUUGAUGGAAGACAGCUUAAUCUCGAACUGUAUGACCCAUGUUCUCAGCCAUGCCAGGGGAAGUCCACACUCAAUGAGCAGAUCCACUGGGCCGAUGGCUUUGUGGUCGUUUACGACAUCAGCGAUCGUUCCUCCUUCCUCACGGCCAAAGCCAUAGUGCACCUGAUCCGAGAGCUUCACCUGGGAGGAUCUAAAAGCAGGGACACAGACUCUGUGAUUUUCCUGGUGGGCAAUAAGCAAGACUUGUGCCACAUGCGGGAAGUGGACAGGGAAGAAGGACAGAAGUUGGCGUCCGAGGGCCGCUGUCAGUUUUACGAGUUGUCUGCUGCGGAGCACUACCAGGAGGUGGUGCUCAUGUUCUCUAUGAUCGUGCGCAAUGCCAGUCUGGGAGGCAAGGCGAAGGAGCGCCGCCGUCGUCCUAGCGGUUCGAAAUCCAUGGCCAAACUCAUCAAUAACGUCUUCGGAAAACGACGGAAAUCUGUUUAAAAUGAACUUGGACAAUUGCUACAGGACUGGCGUUUGAGAUGGGUCAAAUUUGUUUAUAUACUGUAGUUCCUCACUGCUUAUUGUUGAUGCCUUGUCUUGGCCACACAGUCAUUACCGGGUGAAUCUCAUGAAACACAUGAAGAACAUGGACAUUUUUCACCCUAAAGUCAAAAGAAAACAAAAACUUUCUUGGCUUCAAGAAAAAUAAGCCUGUUUUAGAACCAUUUUGCAUUGCAACAAUAUUUUCUUGAUAUUUACCUCAUAAUUUCUCAUUACCGUAAUGGAAAUGAGAAUGACAUUGCAUUGUGGCAAUGAGAUAAUGUGUCAAUUGUCAACAUUUAAUGUCAUGGUGGAAAACAUUUAAAAUAGGUUCAAUUUUAUCAAUGCAAAAUACAAUAUCCUAAUCUGUGUGUAGCUGCACAUCUCUGCUUUAUGCCUUAAAUGUUUCUUUAAUCACUUCUUAGGAUGUUUAAAUGUCAGAUUAAAAAAACACCUUCGGUGAUAUUUCAGCUUGAGGACUUGCGAAACUGCCAAGUCAAAGUCAACUCUGAGGUUGUGAAAUAUAUGUACGCAGAUCAAAUGUUUCUUGUGGUUCACUUAAAAUUUGUUUGUGCAGUAGAAGAAAUUCUUCACUCACUGUUUGAUGUAAUUUAAUCACUUUCUACAUAUAUGAUGUGAGCAACGACAUGUCAUGACAUUUAUGGGUUUUGAAAUAUCUUCAUAUUCCUGUAAAAUAAAAACAUCUGUCCAUUAAAAUGUGACUGUUUUG